UAAUUAAUAUACAUAUUAAUAUAUCUAUGCACAUCAAAUAUUAAUCCAUAUAACUAAAUGUAUAUAAUAUAAAUGUAUUGAUGAAAGAAGUGAUGAUCCGAUAUCUCUUGUAAUUCCUGUCGUAGGUAAAGUAAUGGGUGACGUCACAUGCGUUAUCUUUUGACCACGCCCCGCUUUGUUACUGUGGAAACCAAUGAAAUUGAUGAGCGUGGUGAUCCAGAUGGCACCUCAGUUAGCUGGCGAAGUUUAGCUGUAUUGCUAGCUCAAAGCAAGACUUUUUUUUUUCCCCUGCCGACCCCACAUCGCGGAAGUGGCUGCGCUUUACCACGGCGGAGUAACACCCGCAGUUUUCCAUGUGAUAGCAACUGCCUGUCUUUGCCAAAGAAUUUCCAGAUGUCUUAUCCGGGAUCGACCUCGUGUGCACUCAGGCGUACAUCCAAGACGUCCUUUGACUGAGGAUCUAACCUUGGACAAUCCUAACUGAACGGUCGCAACCUCCAAUACACAGACGGAGAUCUGUUCAGUUAUUUGCCGCAGCUUACCAGAGCCACCUGAACCCAAAACACACUUACACUUUCCUCACCUAUCCUGCUCUUCCCUGCUCCUCCUCUCCAUAUACUGGUGGAGCUGCACAAAAGUUAUCUGCUCUUUUUGGAUUUUUGAACUACCACGCCUUCAGCUGUGAGGACACCACCCCCGUCCAGCUGAGCUCCUGAGCUGUACUGACUUGUCAUUCAUAACAUGAUGGCUGCAGGAUAAAAUAUUCUCACCACAACAAGUUUAGUAUUAUUGUAAUGCAUCCUUCUAAGUUACUUGCAGUUAUUUUGAACACUAGAAUUGCUGUUUAGUCUUCCUGGGUAACUUCGGCUUUCUUCACACAGUGAGUGAUCAAAAUGAAAACUAUGGACCUACUCUAUUAGCUUAUUUUAACAUAGUUGUCAUUACAUUUAUUUGUAAAUAAAUAAUAAACCGUAAUCACUGAUAUAUACUCCUGAAGUCACACCAGUCUAAAAUGGAAGGGGAAGGACAGGAAGGCGAUACCUCAAGCCUAACAGGGAUCAGAAAACCCGAGGAGGAACUAGAAGAUUUCGAGAGAGACAAAGAUGUGGAGGAGGAAGAAGAGAAAGGAGUGCGGAUCCCACUGCAUCGCUGGGUAAUGCAUGGAGCAGUGAUGUUUGGACGUGAAUUUUGUUACGCCAUGGAAACAGCCCUGGUGACGCCAGUGCUGCUGCAGAUAGGUCUUCCUGAGCAGUACUACAGUUUAACCUGGUUCCUCAGUCCCAUCCUGGGCCUCCUCUUCACACCUGUGAUCGGCUCAGCCAGUGACCGCUGCACUCUGAGAUGGGGCCGGAGGAGACCGUUCAUUCUGGCUCUUUGUGUGGGUGUGCUCCUGGGAGUGGCACUGUUUUUAAAUGGGUCAUUAAUAGGCCUUUCCAUCAGUGACAGCCCCAACAAUCAGCCGGUUGGCAUAGUCCUGACUGUGUUAGGUGUGGUGGUGCUAGACUUUUGUGCUGAUGCCUCUGAGGGACCAAUCAGAGCGUACCUGCUUGAUGUUGCUGACACCGAGGAGCAAGAUAUGGCCUUGAAUAUUCAUGCAUUUUCUGCUGGGCUCGGUGGAGCAGUGGGAUACAUGUUGGGAGGUCUAGAUUGGACUGGUACAGCUCUGGGCCAAGCAUUUAAAUCCCAGGAACAGGUCCUCUUCCUGUUUGCAGGCAUCAUCUUCAUCAUCUCUGUCACACUACACAUGUUCAGUAUCCCCGAGCGACCUUUCACACCCUGCAACCUGCAUAAAGACACCGGAAGCGCGGGGUCUUCCAGCCAGCUGUCUUAUAGGCCCACCGGCCACCCUGCACUUUUACUGGAUGUGAUUGCAGAGGAGGACACUUCUGCUCAAGCCAUGUCCCGAGAGGACAGGGAAUCCGAUCCUGAGGAGGGGGAAAUGGACUUCCUUGCUGUGGAGCGAGUGCGGAGUAAAAGUGAUUCAGUCUUAGCCAUGCCUGAUGCUACCAUUGAGUUGGAUUCUGACCUUGACCCGGACACACAAACGUUCUUGCCAGAUGAACACUUUUUUUCGGAAAUUCAUGAAGAUCAAGAAAAUGCUUUCAAGGCUUCGGAUCACAGUUAUGGGUCUUCGCCUCCUCCUGGUGGACCACACCCGGAGCCGAUACCUAUGAGUCCAGUUUUUCCUGAACAUAAAGACCCGACAAAUGGUCACCCUUCAUUCCUUCCGAACAGCUCUGCAUCAGAGGACUCAACUCUGAGACAGCAGAUCAAAGCCGCCAACGGAGUCAGCUCUGGUUUGCCUUCCUCCGACCUCUCUAACGCAGCCAGAGGCCACGCCUCCACCAAGCCAGGAAACCGCGCUUCUAAUACUUCAGUUUCAUCACGGCCACACCGGCCCACCUUCUACAGACAACCUUCCUUUACAUUUUCAUACUACGGUCGAGUGGGAUCACAACGGUUUCGACCGCGCCGCGUGGCACUUUUCACCCCUCGGCCAAUCACAACCUCCCGCAGCUUGAACGACCUGAGUGACAUCGAGCAGCACCCGAACAGACCUCGGCUGCAGCUGUCAGUCGGUAGUCUGUCUUCAGAAGCCUCCAGCAGCGAAGAAGGACCAGACUUGGGUACAAGUGUACGUCUGCUUUGGCUGUCCAUGUUGAAGAUGCCGAGGCAGCUCUGGAGAUUAUGCAUUUGCCACCUCCUCACAUGGUUCUCCUACAUAGCUGAAGCUGUGUUUUACACCGAUUUCAUGGGCCAGGUCAUUUUCGAAGGAGACCCCCAGGCACCAGCCAAUUCCACAAAGCUACAAAAUUAUCACAGAGGAGUACAGAUGGGCUGCUGGGGACUGGUGGUCUACGCUGCCACUGCAGCUGUCUGCUCUGCCAUCCUUCAGAAGUAUCUGGAUAAUUUUGAUCUGAGCAUUAAGGUCAUCUACAUCAUUGGAACCCUGGGAUUCUCAAUAGGAACUGCAGUCAUGGCGAUCUUUCCUAAUGUUUAUGUCGCCAUGGUGAUGAUAAGUGGCAUGGGCGUCAUCUCCAUGAGUAUCUCCUACUGUCCCUACGCAUUACUCGGCCAGUACCAUGAAAUCAAAGAGUACAUUUACCACAGUCCAGCCAACACUCGAAGAGGUUUCGGUAUCGACUGUGCCAUCUUAACCUGCCAGGUGUAUAUCAGCCAGAUUUUGGUUGCGUCGGCCCUUGGAUCCGUGGUAGAGGCAUGUCGCAGCGUUCGUGUAAUUCCAAUGGUGGCCUCUGGGGGCUCCUUCCUUGGCUUCCUCACUGCCUGUUUCCUCGUCAUCUAUCCCGAUGUGGAGCCCAGCAGCUCGGAGCAGGACCAGGACAUGGUGGGUUUACCUGAAGAAGAGGAGCAGAAUGAAGAAAGCAGCAGUGACCAGAAGCGAUCUCUGCUUAAGCUGGCAGACACUUUAAAGAAGACAGAAAACCACUCUGUUGCCUGAACAUUAAAAUGCAAAGAAUUGUCAAAGUUUAUCGUCAGCAUCUGAGGAUUGUACCAAAUCUUCAUCUUACAAAUUUGACGGCCGCUUAUUUCGUAAGGGCUGAGAUGAUGAAGGAGGGAAAACGUGAUAGAAAGUUGACCAAAAUCUGGUUGCAGUGGAUUUGAAUAGAUUAUUUUUGAAGAGUAGAGGACUGACCUGUGUCCUGGUCUUACCUCAAAUCUAAUACACAUAAGUGUUUGGCUGUUCAGAUGUGUACAAGUAAGCCAUUAAAAGACAAAUAUCCACAUGACCAGGAUUUGGUCAGACUAUUGAAAAUAAUUUAGCUCAGACUACUGAAGCAAACCCUUUAUAACAAAAAGAGAAAUGGGAAGCACACAGAGCACUUUCUGUCUCACCUCUGAACAGUACUUCGGCAACGACUCUGCACAAUGGUGUACUGUUAUGUGUGAAGUUCUACUUCACCGAAGCUGCUCCUUAACUCCUUAAUGGACAGUCAUAAUGCUGUAAAAGUGUUUUCAUAUAAACCUGCAUUACCUGUGGGCUGAAUGCUGCGGGCCUUAACGUUAUAUUUUCAUUUUAUAAAUGCCAGAAAAUGUAAAGCAAGAAGGGCAAGUAAAGCCGUCUGCGUUUGUUAACAGAUACCACACAGCUUUUAUACCUAGUUGUGACGUUGAAGCUGGUUGCACAGCAAGCUAAUUUAUUUUUGCCUCUAGAAAAUCACUACCGUUUUUUAAUGCCAUACUCAAACACCAAACUGUUUUCAUUUACGCUAUAAAUGGUAGUUUAUUGUGGCCUCUCAAACCUCAGGGGGUUUUGGAUUUUCUUGUGAUUGUAUUGCUUUAAGAAAGUUAUUUUAAAAUUUAAAUUUAAAAAAGAAAACAAAAAAACGUGUUGCUCUGGUGUAGAGAUACUUUAGAGUCCCGUUGAGUUGAGCACACAUAUUAUUUGAAUUACUGGAUUCACUGUGGAGUAUUGACGUCACAUUGCAUAUAAUCUGUCCAAGAUACCUGUCGUAGAGAAGCCUGAAAGGUAGCGUGGACCACGUCUGUGCAAGGUCAAAGACUGAUCUACGCAAACCUAAAAUGUUCUCAUUGUCAAAUGAAGUGUAAGAAAGAAAAAUACAGGAGCUUCUCAGUCUGCUUUCUUCCUUUAAGUGGUGUUCAAGAGGGGAAAGUGCCAUAUAUGAAAACAUUGUGGAAAGGUUGCACAGAGUCCUUGUUUAAAAGCAUAAAAGAAGUUUUUUUUAUCAGUGCACCCUUCAGAGAGGGAGUGUUACCAGCAGUAUCUGAUGGUUUAAGUAUUUUUCAGAUAUUUCCGUGUCAUUAAGAGCUUCUCUCUCUUUAGAGCCAAACUGUGCUGGAUAUAAAUGCACCUUGGUGUUGAAACAGUUUUGAUUUUAUACAUUUGUUAAGACUUUUAGGAUGACAUUAUGCAUCGUGGUUUGACUUGUGUGUUUGUUUUAAGGGUGAUUUUGGUUCUUUCUGCUGCUGUACAGAGUUUUGUAAACUGAACACAAGCUAAUUUGUCCCAUUCAUUUGAGUAAAAAAACAAACACCUUCA